CUAACCGGAUCUUACGUAAAACUACAAACAACCCAAGGCUGUUGAAUUGUCUGGGGCAAAGCAGCAUUUUCUUGAAUAACCAUAACUGGAAAACGAUAAUAAAUCACUACUGGAAAUUUAUCAGGCUAUAGAAGAAAACUGGGACGGCUGAAGAGCUAGGUUGGAAAAGUUUAUACAAAACCAUGGUGGAAUAUUAUCACAUUUUAGGAGUCCUAAGAAAUGCAUCUCAAGAAGACAUUAAAAAAGCGUACAGAAAAUUGGCACUAAAAUGGCAUCCUGACAAAAACCCAGAAAAUAAGGAAGAAGCAGAGAAAAAGUUCAAAGAACUUUCUGAGGCCUAUGAGGUUCUGUCAGAUGCCAACAAGAGGAACAUGUAUGAUCGCUAUGGUAAAGCAGGCCUAACAACAAACAGUGGAGGAGGUGUUGGACAUUACCACAAUGGUGAUCACUUCAACGAAGGGUUCACGUUCCGCAAUCCUGAAGAUGUCUUCAGAGAGUUCUUUGGCGGUCGAGAUCCUUUUGCGGAUUUCUUUGGAGGGGAUCCGUUUGGGGAUGAGUUCUUCGGUGGAGGGAGGAGGCACCACAGGGGAGUGAGCAGGAGUCGAACGGGGGGACCCUUCUUCGGGGGAUUUGGUGGCUUCCCACCGUUUGGUGCAGGCUUCACAGCGUUUGACCCAGGCUUUACCUCUUUCGGACACAUGGGUCACAUGGGCCAUAUGAGUCCUAUGGGCCAUAUGAGUCACAUGGGUCAUCUGGGAGGAGGAGGAGGAGGCCAUGGUGGCUUCACUGCCUUCUCCUCCACCUCUUUUGGCGGCGGGGGUGGAGGUGGAGGAGGCGGGAUGGGCAACUUCCGCUCCGUAUCAACCUCCACGAAAUUCAUCAACGGCAGGAAAAUCACAACAAAAAGAAUUGUGGAGAAUGGACAGGAACGCGUAGAGGUGGAAGAAGACGGACAGUUAAGAUCACUAACCGUCAAUGGGGUAAAGCCUAUUGCCACAGUUCAAGCAGUCCAACAGGAGGAGUGCAGACAAACUGUUACUGCACACUCUUCCAGUGCACAUGCCUCCCGGUCCUCUGUUCCCCGUCCUCCUUGUCAUCAUGUAAAGACUUCCCCCCACAGGCCCACUCCAGACAGAGAGGAGGGAAGGAGCCCAGCUUCAGUACACAGUGAAAACAAGAGGAAGAAACCCAUGCCUGAGCCCACAGAGGAUGCCAAAAAGAGAAAAACAUGAUCCAGUACACACAGAUCCUUGUCCUCCUAGUCAGCUACAGAAACAAUAUGUUAUUGAUACACCUCUAACAAUGAAUAUUGUUUUAAAGGACACUUAAAUAUGGGGUCCUCAAAGCGCUUUAGCACGAAUGCACAGAUACUGUAAAUGUAUAAUCCUGACUCGUUUUCUAUUAUAUAUCCUAUUUUACGCCCAUAGGAAAAUGUGGGGUGCAUCCGACUAAAUGAUUCAGAGAACCAUGCAAAAUACAAUUGAAAUGAGUUUAAAUCAUGACACUUGUCUUCCCUUACAUCUAGUAAUAUACAUUACUAAAGGAACACUGUCGAUUAGUUUAGCUGAAAUAUUGAAUGGGUGAUGUGCAGGGGUUGACUUGUCAGUCCAUUAUAAUAUAUGUGGUGGAUGUUACUUCCUAGCUCCCAGUGCCCUCAGCAGAGGGUUCCAUUUGCUCUGGGAGGGGAGGGACUUGUCCCUGUAGCCCUGGAACAGCUGAGGACCAUCAUGCUCCUCCUCCACCUCUGAACUGAUCUCCAUCUUCUGAACGAUCAGCUUCAGCAGGUUGUGCUGCUUCUCGAUAACAUUAGACAUCUCCUUCAGCCUGGGUAAAUAAUAGAUCAUCUAUUUUAAUAGUCUAAAAAUGUGUGUAGUAUUGAAGCGCUUAAAACAAAAUUGAUAGAAUGCACUUUAAAUACUGAUAAACUAAAUACUGAUAAACAAUAUCAUGUUAAUACUUUGCAUUGCUCUGCUGUUGUAUUUGAAUAAGGUCAAAGAAACCACUGGUGGGAACUAAGUCCUCACCUGUACUUCUGUUUACGGAUUUCCUGUUCCAUAGGUGUAGAUGGAGGGGAAGUGGGGCUGAGACGGGUUCUCUCAUGCCCCAUACCCAGCAUUGCAUAGAACACUUCUCUCUGUUAAAGGAGAUUCAGACUAUUCAUUAUUACUAUGUUGUUUACCAAACAUCUAUACCAAAAACUAACAGUGUCCUGUGGUGGGCUUGUACAACCUCCAUGUCUCUAAUUAUUUCCAUGCAGAGUAUUAGUUGAUUAAACAAUCCUUUAAACUAACU